GCUCCACGAGCGCAACCUAUCGGCUACUCCCCUGUUUACUUUACAUAGAGGCGUCCCACUCGAUCUCGAACUCAUUCGGACUUUGGAACAUACACAGGAAACAUUAGUUAUAAGGGCUUCAUGGUGAUAUUUUGAUACUGUUUCUACAAUUGCGCCUCGAACGAUUCAUCAACCUCUUUGGCAUUGUCCAAAUCGAAUGAGAACCACGUCGAAGACUCCAAAAAUAUUCCACGCUCUCUUUUUUUUUCUCGCCUACCUAACGGAAGCAGAGCCAAUAGAAGAAAAUUGUCGAACCCCAUCCAUUACUAUCAUUUUGUGGGGGGCGAUUUUUCUUCGUGAUUGCCGUGGUUUCUCGUCCAUAACGGUGUUAAAACUCAUGAUUUGUGGCCUGUUGUUGACAUGCAUCAUGUGGGUACGUGAAUAAGGAGGUGUUUAUGUUUGUUUUGUGCGUGUGUGGGGUCAGAGGACGAAGAAGAAGAAGAUGAUGAUGACAAGCCAGAUGGUGAAGGUACAGAGGGAAAAAAUCGCCGUAUGCAUGAACUGUCCUUUAUGCAAUAAGCUCUUCGAAGACGCCACUACCAUAUCUGAGUGCCUUCACACCUUUUGCAGGAUUUGCAUAUACGAGAAGUUAACAGAUGAGGAGUUGAAUCACUGCCCCGUGUGCAAUAUAGAUUUAGGUUGUGCUCCACUGGAGAAAUUAAGGGCGGACCACACUUUGCAAGGCUUAAGGGAUAAAGUCUUCCCUUUUGGAGGAAAAGCUGAUUCACCUGAGUUGAUGCCCUCAGUUCCAUGUUCAGGAAAAAGGAAGGAGAGAUCUCUCUCUUCGUUGGGGGUCAGCAUACCUAGACUAUCAGCCCGGUCUGGUCUGAUUGGAAGAAGAUUAAAAUCUGCUGCAAGAAAGUCUCUUGUUCUACAAGAAUCUACUCUUUUUGUUGAUGAGCCUUUUAGGAAGGAGGAAGACGAUAAGAAAGUGGGAAAUCGCCAUAAUCCUUCUAAUGCUGAGUCAUCUAAGCAAUACAUGUCUAAUAAAGGUAUAGACGACUAUCCUGAACCAUGUGAAGGGAAAACUGAUUUGCGGAAACCCAUCAAUUGCCUGGUGGAAGCUGCAAACAAAACGAAAUCUAUUAAAUUUACCGUACAUGGUACAUUGGCCAAACCAGCACUGCCUGAUGCUCACGACAAUGAAUCAGAUAAGCCUAAAGCCAAAAGAAAGAGACUUGGUCAUAAAUCAAAAGGCCAUGGUGAUGGAAAUGACCCGUCUUCUGUACCAUCAGGAUCAAUGAAACCUAGAAAGUUCCAAGGUUCUCGACAAAGAAGAGCUGCUGCCUCUAAGGGGUUGAAUAUUACAGGACAAGCUCUUGAUGUGAAUAGCAAGCAUGACAGAAGAUUUAGUCCAAUCUGGUUCGCAUUGGUUGCUUCUAAUGACAAGGAUGGAGAUGCACCCCUGCCACAGAUAUCCUCAUGCUACUUGCGGGUUAAGUCGAGAUCUUGUUGCGUGGUCAGCCACUGAUUUCUACACAGCAACUUCACAACUUGGUAGACUUGUGGUUGCAGACAAGACCAAUAUCAGAAAGAAUAUCGACAUCUGUGGGCAGCUCA